CAACAACACGGCUACUCUUUCAACCAGCUCGGUAGCUUGCUAGCUAAUUUAAAUGCGAAACAUUGACGCUUUAGACCAUGUUAAUGUACAUUAGCUAAUCUCAGUGUUUUAAACACAAUUCUGUUGACGUUUCUACUGGUUAACUUUAAGGUAAUUUGGUUGUUCAAUUUGCAAACUUGUUAAAGAUUGAUACUGAGCAUAGCACUAGGCUAGUCGCUAAUGUUAACUAGCUAGCUAACAUCCCGGACCAUGAGCUCACUAAACUACUCGCCCCUUGCUAAAGAAGAGGAGGUCUACUGGACGGAGAAAGAAGCUCUGGGGCUGAACAUUGUCGUGAAAGAAGAAGAAGAAGAGGGUGUUACAGUGAAAGAAGAGAAAUCUCCGUUUGGAGAGGAAGAGGGGAUGGAGGCUCUCACAGUGGAAGAAGAGGAGGAAGAAGCUUUCAGAAUGAAAAAGGAGGAAGAGGAGAAUAUCACACUGAAAGAAGAGGACGAUAUUACAGUGAAAUAUGAGAAAGAACAUAUUGUAGUGGAAGAGGGGAUAGAGGCUGUCACAGUGGAAGAGGAGGAGGUAGACAUUUUCAGAAUGAAAGAGGAGGCAGAGGAGGCUGUGAAAGAGGAGGAGGAUGUUGCUGUGAAAAAAAAUAAAGAACCUUUAGGAGUGGUAGAGGGGAUAGAGGCAGGCAGAGUGGAAGAGGAGGAUGUUAUAGGGGAAAAAGAGGAAGAACCUUUUAGAGAGGAAGAGGAGGCUGUCUCAAUAAAGGUGAAGAAGGAGGUCAUUUUGGGAGUGAAAGAGGAGGAGACAGAAGAUCGGAUUACCACCAGGCAGAGACAUGACUAUUGUGGAUCCUCUGGGGAGCCUCAACAACAUCCUGAUGCUGACGAGGCAGAGAAGAGUCUCUCCAGAUCACAACACCAGAUGGGUUACCAGGACAACGCUAGCCCUUCCGUCCUCCCGGAGUCCCCGUGUUGUGCCUCUUCUGGUAGCGCCUUACUGCUGGGUAUGAAGAGGUUGUCUGUGCUGCUGGUGGACUGCAGGAAAACAACGGGGCUGAGUGGAACUGUGAGAGGAGGAGAGAAGAAAGGAUCAGAUUUGACUCAUCAAAGAGGAAAACCAACCUUGGAGGAACCAAAGACGUCCAACCCAGCAAGACGACACCUCUGCUCCCAUUGUGGAAAAAGUUUUAACCAGUUAGUUAGCUUGAAAAGACAUGAGAGGGUACACAUAAGAACGAAGCCACUCCAUUGCUCCCAGUGUGGAAAGAGUUUUAAGCGGUUAGACACCCUCAAAGCUCAUGAGCGAAUACACACAGGGGAGAAGCCAUGCCAUUGCGCCCAGUGUGGAAAGAGUUUUACCCAAUUAGGAAGCCUGAAAGAACACAUGAGACUGCACACAGGGGAGAGGCCUUACCACUGCUCCGAGUGUGGAAAGAGUUUUAAUCAGUCAGGAAGCCUGAAAGCUCAUGAGCGAAUACACACAGGGGAGAAGCCUUACCACUGCUCCCAUUGUGCAAAGCGUUUUUUUCCAAUUAGGAAGCCUGAAAGAACACAUGAGAGUGCACACAGGGGAGAAGCCUUACCACUGCUCCCAUUGUGCAAAGCGUUUUAUCCAAUUAGGAAGCCUGAAAGAACACAUGAGAGUGCACACAGGGGAGAAGCCUUACCACUGCUCCCGGUGUUCAACGCGUUUUACCCAUUUAGGAAACCUGAAAGCUCAUGAGCGAAUACACACAGGGGAGAAGCCUUACCAUUGUUCCCACUGUGGAAAGCGUUUUAACUAUUCAGGAAAGCUGAAAGAACACAUGAGACUGCACACAGGGGAGAAGCCUUACAAAUGCUCAGACUGUGGGAAGACAUAUUACUCAUCACAGUGACUUAAACAUCAUGUGCGAAUCCACACAGGAGAGAAUAAUUACUUCUCCUAGUGUGUAAAUGUAUAUUUCACAUCACAUUAACUUAAAAUUCAUCAGAGAACAUACACAGUGCUCCCACUGUCUUAUAUUGUUGUCUUAUAUUGUUGCCUGAGAAUGUGUUUAUUUUAUUAAAUGAAAUGGUACAAAGUAUACUCAAAUGUAUGUUUUUGUAAUAAAACAUGAAUUGAAUAUGGAGUAUGUCAGUUUGAAUAUAGAGUAGAUCAGAUUCCAUGGGUUUAAAUGGUCAUUUCUUAAACUCUGACUGUGUGUGUUUAUCUGGGUGUGUCUUUCCUCCAGCACUACAGAUAAUACAGUGAUAUUUGGAUGUGAUGCAUUUGCUCCGUUGUUUAAAUUUGCAUUGUUGGCCCACUGAUGAUUUAAUGAAAUGAAAAUGUUCACAGACUCUGUAAUGCAAAAUUUUAAUUGUAUGUGUCCACAUAUCUGAGUAUGUGACUAACCUUGUGAAACUGACCUAUUAUAAUCUCCUGUUCUUGGGAGUAUCAUCCUGUGUUGCAAACCAGCUGCACCUGUGUCCUUGUAUGAAUAAAGUCCCUCCUAGGAACAGGAAACUAUAAAGAUAUGUGCUCAUCACCCAAUGCUUCAGGAAUUAUACUGUCUACACUGCGCUGUGUAACUGUUAUUCUCUCUGAGCUCAGAAAUAAAGAAUCUUGGUUUGA